AUGGACUUUGUGCUGGAGCUUCCGUCGCCUGUGCGGAACCCAGUUGUAGUGCUGGACGAGAACGUCGACACGGGCCAAAGCCGCAAGGCCGCCGUGGCCAUGACCAUUCCGUUCGGGAGCCGGGCGCCACUCUCACCGCGGACCAACGUCGACCUUGGCACGAGUGCUGCCAGCGGAGCUGACAAGGCCAGUCUGUGCGCCGAGCCAUCGGUUCCAACACUUCGGCUCAAGAACUUUGCCAAGACGCCAUGGAUCGAGUUUGGGCAUGUUGCGCCGGGGGCAGAGGCUACAGCCACACUUCGCAUCGUCAACGACUCGGCGCGGGUCGCCUCCGUCUCUGUCGACCGCCCGCCCAAGGCUGGCUUUUCGGUCGCUGUUGACUCGUUCGAUGUCGACCCGUCGUCAGCGUUCGAUCUGGCCCUCACCUUUGCGCCCCAGCAGCCCGGCGAUGCCACUUCGUGUAUUACCUUUCGAUGGGGCCGCUACCGCCUUCAGGCCAAGCUCCUCGGGUACUGCAAAGCGGCCGAGACCGUCGCGCCACGCCAGCGCCGUGGUGGCAAGCGCCCGUCACGCCGCCGUCCGCUUCGGUCGCAAAAGGCUCAAUUGCCAUCCAACGUGGAGCCGGUCUCCGUCCCAGUCGCAUCCAAGCCUCUGGCAUCGUCGUCGGACAACGUCUCGGUUGACGCUGAGAACGAGCUGAUGGACUCGUCACUUGAGCUCAUCGCCAAAAAGUGCAACGAGAUGGAUGCCGAUCUUUGCGCCCGCAAGCUCUCGCUCGAUGACCUCACAGCAACGGCCAGCAACACUGAGCCCGAGUUUAAGCUCCAUGUUGCGGCCCAGCCGACUCCCCGGGCCAAGAGCAACUCGCUGCGCAAACGCGCAGCGUUUAACGCCUCAGUGGCAACCCAAGGCAAGAGCUCGACUGCUCGUCCGCGUCCUGGCCGCUCGCUGCGGCUUGUCAAGCCUGCUCGCGCGGCAGCAUCGACAGCCCGGAAGUCGAUCAACCCGUUUGUGGCCUCGGGCUUCUUUGAUGAGCAGUGGCUCGCCAAGGAAGAGCGUGGCUUUACCUCGUGGCUCAACUUUAUGUUUGCUCAUGAGCGUGAAAUGACUGACACUCCUGGUUCGGCCCGUCUUGCCGACAACCCGGCCGAGUUUGAUCGGCAGCGCCGGCUCAACGCCACGCGUGAGGCUGCGGCCGCGCUCUGGCGCAACGGCGACUUUGGUGCCACUGCCGCCCGGCUCGAGGCUGAAAUCUCUGGAGGCCGUCUAGCCAUGCGUACCGACCGUGCUCCGCACUUGGACGUCGGCCUUCGCUCCACCGCCUGCAGCCUUAUCUGCUCGUACAACCCGCAGUGGCUCCGGCUUGGCCUGGAGGUUGUCUUUGGUGAGCUCAUCACCAUCGAGGCAGGGAGCCUCGACGCAUACCUGGCGGUCUUUGUUCAGACCCGACUGUUGGCCGACCCGGCACUUGCUGCCGAGUACGCUGGUCUCACUCAGGGCGUGUUCAAGCCCGGCUACGAUGCCGCGGUCCAAAAGUUCACGCUCGGCAAGCUUCUCUUGCUUGUUCUCUUCCUCGAUCGUGCUAAGAGCCGCAGCCUUCUGCCGUCCUCGCUUCCUCUCUUCCGCAACGAGGCCACGGUCAAGUCGUCGCGCGCCCUCGUCUACGCCUUUGCCAAGGAUUUUCUCUCUGGCGAGGGUGAUGUUAUGCGCCACCUCGGCCACCUCGGCUACGUCCUUGAGUGGGAGCAGGCGCCGCUUGAGGAGUUCUCGUUCGAGGUCACCAACAUCAAGGUCGAUCUGACCGAUGGCAUCCGUCUCGCGCACCUCUUCGACGUUAUGGUCAAGCCGGUGGCGCCGCUCAAGGACACGCUCCGGCUCCCGGUCGUGGCCAAGAUGCAAAAGUUGCACAACGUCAAGACUGCACUGAAGGCGUUCUCACAGGUCGGCGUCACCUUUGCCGGCAUCAAGGGCGGACUCAAAGCCAAGGACGUUGUCGAGGCUCACCGCGAGAAGACUAUGGCCAUGCUUUGGCGUGUCGUCGCACACUUUACUCUCCGCGAUCUCAUUGACGAGCCGGCGCUGAAGACCGAGACGGCGCGCCUCAAAGCAGCCCGCGGCGAGACGUCUGGAGCCGAUGCGUCAGCCACCGUCAUGUACUUUAAUGACGAAGCGUCCAAGCUGGGUACUCUCAUGGAGUGGGUCCGCACCAUCUGCGAGCCGCAUGGCGUCACGGUCCGCAACUUCACCUCGUCGUUCUCUGAUGGCCGUGCGCUGUGCCUCCUUGUCUCCGAGUACUACCCCAACGUGCUCCCUGUCGAUGAGAUCAACAUGCACACCACUGUCACGCUCCAAGCCGACCAGGAGGCCAACGUGGCAUCAGCGGCGGCGGCGGCGGCCGGAGACGGUCGCUGGGCAGCAUCGUUCUCACCCACUAUCGGCCGCGACUACAAGCGGGCCUGUGGUGCGGAGCGGCGCAACUUUGUCACUCUCCGCGAGGCCAUUACCGAGCUUGGCGGCAUCCCGUCGGUUGUCUCAGCAUCGGACAUGUCCAACACGGUGCCUGACGAAAAGCUGGUCAUCACGUUUUUGGCUUAUCUCUCCUCGCGGCUGCUGAUGCUGGCUCACGAGAACCGUGCUGCGCGCACCAUCCAGCGUGCGUGGGCGGCCAUGAAACUUCGUGCUUUGAUGGCCAAGCAGGAGGCGGGCAUUGUUCGGCUCCAGGCUGUCGUCCGUGGAGUGCUCUGCCGGGCCAAGCUUCGUGCUGACGCUGUUGCUGCUGCGGAUGCCCGGCGGCUCGAUGCUGCUGUGUGCAUCCAAGCUUGGUUCCGUGGGUGCCGGGCGCGCACGGCGCUGCGCGAUGCGACCGCUGCUGCGGCUGCAGAGGCCGCAGCUGUGCGCAUCCAGGCACUGUGGCGUGGCUUUGCUGCCCGCUCCGUGUUUGCUUGCCGUGUUCGUGCCGCCGUUGUCCUGCAGUCGGCUGCCCGCAUGGUGGCUGCCCGCACCAGCUACCUGGCCACUCGUGCUGCGGUCAUCUCGCUCCAGGCGUUUGGCCGCAUGAUUGCCACCCGCCGCGAGUACGUUGUCACUCGCUCUGCGGGGAUCACCAUCCAGACGACGUGGCGCGGCUACAUGGCCCGCAAGGCCGCCGCCGGCAAGAUGUCGGCCAUCAUCACGCUCCAGGCGGCCGCCCGUGGCAUGAUCGGGCGCCGUGUCGCCCGCCAGGCCCGUGCCGCCAUUGUCAUCCAGGCGGCUGCCCGCAUGGUGGCUGCCCGCACCAGCUACCUGGCCACUCGUGCUGCGGUCAUCUCGCUCCAGGCGUUUGGCCGCAUGGGUUGUCACCCGCCGCGAACGACGUGGCGCGGCUACACGGCCCGCAAGGCAACGGCGCGCCAGCACGCUGCCAUCAUCACGCUCCAGGCGGCCGCCCGUGGCAUGAUCGGGCGCCGUGUCGCUCGCCAGGUCCGUGCUGCCAUUGUCAUCCAGGCGGCUGCCCGCAUGGUGGCUGCCCGCACCAGCUACCUGGCCACUCGUGCUGCGGUCAUCUCGCUCCAGGCGUUUGGCCGCAUGGUUGUCACCCGCCGCGAGUACCGCACUACUCGUGCUGCGGUGAUCGCCAUCCAGACGACGUGGCGCGGCUACAUGGCCCGCAAGGCCGCCGCCGGCAAGAUGUCGGCCAUCAUCACGCUCCAGGCGGCCGCCCGUGGCAUGAUCGGGCGCCGUGUCGCCCGCCAGGCCCGUGCCGCCAUUGUCCUGCAGUCGGCUGCCCGCAUGGUGGCUGCCCGCACCAGCUACCUGGCCACUCGUGCUGCGGUCAUCUCGCUCCAGGCGUUUGGCCGCAUGGUUGUCACCCGCCGCGAGUACCGCACUACUGGUGCUGCUGUGAUCGCCAUCCAGACGACGUGGCGCGGCUACACGGCCCGCAAGGCAACGGCGCGCCAGCACGCUGCCAUCGUCACGCUCCAGGCGGCCGCCCGUGGCAUUAUCGGGCGCCGUGUCGCUCGCCAGGUCCGUGCUGCCAUUGUCAUCCAGGCGGCUGCCCGCAUGUUUGCUGUUCGCACCAGCUACCUGGCCACUCGUGCUGCGGUCAUCUCGCUCCAGGCGUUUGGCCGCAUGGUUGCCACCCGCCGCGAGUACCGCACUACUCGUGCUGCUGUGAUCGCCAUCCAGACAACGUGGCGCGGCUACACGGCCCGCAAGGCAACGGCGCGCCAGCACGCUGCCAUCGUCACGCUUCAGGCGGCCACCCGUGGCAUGAUUGCGCGCGUCUACACCCGCCGACUCCGUGCCGCCAUCACCAUCCAGGCGGCUGCCCGCAUGUUUGCUGUCCGCACCAGCUACCUGGCCACUCGUGCUGCGGUCAUCUCGCUCCAGGCGUUUGGCCGCAUGGUUGCCCGCCGCGAGUACCGCACUACUCGUGCUGCUGUGAUCGCCAUCCAGACGACGUGGCGCGGCUACACGGCCCGCAAGGCAACGGCGCGCCAGCACGCUGCCAUCAUCACGCUCCAGGCGGCCGCCCGUGGCAUGAUCGCCCGCCACCUUGCCUCAACGCUGCGUGAGACGGCGGCCAAGCGCCGCGCCGAGCACGUCGCGCGGUUUGCGCGUCUCACAUCACUGCACAUGUCUGCUCUCCGCAUCCAGCGAGCCUUCCGCGCCUUUGCUCUCCACAAGUCGAUGCUUGAGCGCGUGGACAAGGUUCUCACACUCCAGACCUGGUUCCGAGCCUGCCUCACUCGCAAGGCCUUCCUUGCUAAGCGCGCGGCUGCGCUGUCCAUCCAGCGUGCUGUGCGCGAGUGGCUCUCCCGCCGCGCUGUCGCCGCUGCCAGGAUCCAAGCCUUGUCUCGCGGCCGGGCUGUGCGUGUGCGCCUUGCAGCCCAGAACGCAGCCGCAACUCGCAUCCAAGCUUUGGCCCGUGGCGUCCUUGUCCGUCGCCAGACCGACGACCGCCUCGCCAACCUGCGCUCGCGCCUCCGUGAGAUCAAUGCUUCGGUGACUGAGGACAUGAAGCUGGGCAACCGGACCCAGGCCGCACUCGCCAUCCUGCUCACGUCGAAGCACCUGACCCACAUCCAUAAGGCUUGCUCCAACCUCGAGGUGUCGACACGGCUCUCGUUUGUGUGCUGCGAUUCGCUCGCCGGCAACGACGCGGUGCCCAUCAUCUUCACCCUCAUCAAGUCUUGUAACCGCUCCAAGCCGCACGUCGAGCUGCUCAAGAUUGCGCUCAACAUCCUGCGCAACCUCGCCCGCUGGCGCACCGUCGACCUUGUGCUCUCCACACCGGGCUCGGUCGACAUCAUCAUCGAGCUCAUGCAGAUGUACCGUGACAAGGUUGAUAUCUUCCUCCGCUGCCUCUCGCUCAUGCGUCUGCUCGCCGCCAAGCGCCGCCGCGCCGCCAUCAUCGUCGCUGUUCCGCUCGCCGUCCGCCGGCUCACCUCCAUCCAGUCGAUUCUUAACCGCAAGGCAACCAUGGAGCGCAAGCUUGCGGCCAAGCGCAGGCGCGCUGGUACCGACAAGCCCUCACCGGUCAUCCAGUCGGCCGAGCAGCUCAAGUCGCUGCUCUCCACCCUCGGCGCCGCCGCAGCCUCCUCCGCCGCUGCGCCCUCUAAGUGAAUGCUUUUGUACACUC